GCAGCAUUCAAUGAACAUGCGACAAUCAUGAAUAUUCCUACCUAUCUCAGAGCACUGCUAAUGGAGUAAAAGCGGAGGGCUCCGUAUUUACGUACACUGACCAAACCCUCAUAUCCGUUAAAUCCAUCCUCAGACUAUGGGGCGCUCUACCAAAGCACUCACCUUUCUUGGCCUGUUUCUAGAUCCUCAUGAUGAGCUCCACAGAGAUCUGGAUCACAUCCGUACUUGAGAGGUGUCUCACUGCCUACGGUCGAGGCCCGGCUGACACAUACGAGUGUGAAGAUGACGGUAACAGCCUUCGUUUCUCCGCCCCUGCUCAGUACUCGGCUCUGAUAUACAACUGGACGGAACAGGCAAAAACGCCCACCCUGACCCUGACCGAUUCGACAACACAAAUCGAGGCGGUUCUGGCACCAGAGGCGUUAAAGGAAUACGGGAAAACCUCCCCGGAACAUCCCUUGAGCAGGGAUGUGGCUCGGGGGUACUACAUUCAACUGCUGGAGUUUCAGAUAGUUCUGGAGUAUUUCACGGUUGAGCCGAAAGUCCACCUCUACGUCCAAAGCUUUGACAUUGACUGGCACCGGGGCAAGAUCAAGUCGGCCCCACAGGGCAAGUUUGUUAAUAAAAACGCUUCUGUCAAGAAGUUGAUGCAGCAUGCCUUCAGGCAAGCCAAAGGCCCUGAACCGCGGGAGGUACAUAGUGAGCGAUUCGAUGACACUUUCGGGUCACAGGCCUACCAGGGCCCUGCCUCGCAGGACAUUCUUAUGUCUCAAAUACCUUCCAUUAUCCCUGCUAGAAGCCCAGUCGCCCAUCGUUCAUCAAUCAGCAGUUCUAUAAUUACAAAUAAGUUGCUGGGUAACCCCGGACUGCAAUCUGCGACAUCGGAUGGUCGGUCCCCGCAGCAGAUGAAAUGGACUGUUCCCGAAUUCAGUAAUGACAAGGUGCACACACUACUAGGGACGAAGGCUGCAGAGCAGCUUCGAAGUAGGCAAGACAGUGAUGAGAUGACCAAAGCACCCGAUCCCAUUACUGGUCGGCGAAAUUCGUCAGCCACUAGUCCCGGGACGCAUGGAAAUUCUAGGGAGACGGGCAAACCAGAGGCACUUGUUCAACGGCCGAGCACUGAGCGCGAAGUGCUAGCUGACGGAGCCGUUCAUAAAGCGUCUUGUGCGGCAGAAAUGUCACAUCACGUAACCACAGAAUCUGGGACAACAUCUUCCCCCUCUCAGGAAAUAAACUCUGAUAAGCCAUCAUUUGGGGUGACCAAAUCCCGGGGGAAUCCGUGUGCCAGCAAUACUGACCCUUGGCAUGGCAUGACAAGAAUUCGACGCAGGGAUGUCCAGAUCCCAAAGGAGCAAGCUGAAUUGCUAGAACAGCAUAGGCGCCGCUGGAUACCACCCUCUCCGGGAGAGAGCACUCCGCAAGGACAUGUGCCGCCCCGGCUCCUUGAUCAAUGGAAUAAAAUCGCGCUGCGAAGGAGCCACAUGGCCAGAGACCAGCAAUCUAUGGACGUGGGAUCUGAACCACUUGAGACUCACGAGCCUCUGCCUAGUCGCCCUAGCCCUACACCUCAAAUGGAUUCGGAUUCAGACGGCGAGCCCUUGACGUCACAAUGGUCAAGUUCACCAGAAAAAGCGCCUCGUUCACGUCAAGUCUUGCCAGAAGAUAGUAGUCCAGUACGUGGUAGGGCCCUUCGAAAGGAAGAGCCACUUGACGGAAAGCAAAAACAGCCGCCGGGGAGAGCUAGCGUGAACCCUACCUAUGGCAACCAAGUUGGACCGCAUUCGAUUUCCAUGGACCGAGAGGCUUCCAGGGGUGCAGCCUCCAGCAGGAAGAAUCGGUUGCUAAACAAAGAUGAUGUCUCUCAAUUGGAAGACAAACCCAAUAUUUACGGCCUUCAGGACGAAUCCGAUGCUGAAAGCGACGACUCGGUGAUGGACACGUCUGUCCCGUGUCCACUUGGAGGUGACAUACAGCAAAGCCAGGUCACCAGCCAUUCGGAACAGGCAAUCACGAGCUCUGGCCUGUCGCUUUCUGGGGCUUCUGUCCACGGACAUGUACAGGUAGUGGACACGCCAGACACCAAUCGUCAUCGUUCAACAGAUCUUGCUGCUGAAGUUCCUGAAUUGCAAGCCCGUCAUUCUGAGCUGUCAUCUGAGGCAGCUAAGUGGUCAUCUCAGUCACGAAUCCAAAACACAUAUGUCAGUAGUGGUUCUAAAGGCAACUCAUCGCAGGAUAAGCCCGAUACGCAUCGAGCAGAUGGGAGGGCAGUUCCUCAUGACAUCAAUAUGAAUGGUACUCAAGUCAUCAGCGGCAGCUUGCCCACGAAUGGUUCCACGGAACGUACGACAUCCGAUGUGUCAAUGGAUUCUUCUGCUCCACGAGUUCAGCCCGGCGUUUCCAACAAUGUGCCGGAACAUCAAUCACAAGCGUCGAAUCAGUCUUCUUCAUACCGAGAAAUACCUUCGUCGAUACCAUCAGAGACCGGAGAGGAGGCACCGACGGAUAUGGAGACGCGGAAGAUGUCAGCCAAACAUGCUGCAAUUCCGCCCACCAAACGCCGGGCUUCCGAGAUGGAGCAUGAGCAGCUGUCCCCCGCAAAACGACCUAAAAUCCAGCGAAAUCGAGAAUCAACCGAGGAACCAGUGUUGAAUGUAGUGGUUCGUCGAGAGAGCUACAUCAGUCACUCCGCCCAAAAAUGGGAAGCGCAAAGGGUCUAUGAGAAGUUUCGACGAGACUAUCCCAACUACUUGGGGGACUUUGACCACUUUGUCAUGGUUUGCUCGAAGCUCUACGCCGUUCGCUCCAGGGGCCGCCUACAGCGAUCUUUCCUGUGGGAUGACUUUAUAAUCAAGCACCUUGAGGAAUACUCACUCUAUCUUGAGCAGUGUCUUUCGGCUGAUACUAAGUCUCUGGUAUAUGAAGAAUUCUUCUCGGCAACUUGCAUUAAACCUUCUUACAAGAAACGGAGCCUCACCGCACAUGGAAUCGAUAUCAGCGCGGCGCAGUACGUCCCCGACAAUCAGGCCAAUGCGCCUAGUAUGGAUGCUUUGCCUAACAAGCCAAGUACCUCCUUCACGGGGAGUUUGAUCGAGCGAUUCACUAACUUCCACGCACAUUCGUUCACCGGGACCCAGGACACUCAGUCCGAUGCAGAUAUGGAAUACAUGUCAUGCUUUAUGUCGUCCCCCACAGUCCAGACAAAGGCCAGGCGUGCCAUCAAUGAACCUGGAAGUCUCACGGUAAUGGCAGGGAAACCUAUGGAUGUGGACUCGACACCGGAACAAUCCGCAGGGCAUGAGACUGAGCCUGCGUCGGAUGGCCAAACAGCUGUACAACACACAACGGUUGAUUCCGAGCAACCAUCGCAAUUUUCCGCCUCCCAGAGCGAGCUUUAUUACGAACUUGCAGACCCAGCUGCGGAUGAAGACUCCCCAUCGGUACAAUUAGAGCAGCACCUUAAGUCUACCGUGGAAGAAAGCGAGUUUGACCUUCGUAAGAAAGGAUCAAGUAUGGAUCAAUCUUUUGCAAUGAUAGUGGAACAACCACUCAGCCCCGAUCCUGUGCAAAGCGAAGUUGAUCACAUAGAGAGUUCUCCAGCUGCGCACGACCACUCUCAAGCGGAAGAUCUAGACUCUUAUGUCCAAAGUCAGGUGGAGGAGGAUUAUACCAUGCGCGAGCAACCCAUGGUCGACCUGGACUCUAGUAUCCCGGAGAGCCUCACCGAAAACCGAUUCCUGGGUCUGCAUGAUCAAUCUAGGGAUAUAGACUUGGGCUCCAGUAUACCCGAGAGUGAAGCCGGAGGAACAAACCCAGCAAUGAUCGAACAAGUCGAAGCUCUAGAACCUGGACAACCCUCGGAAUCUAUGAUCAUACGGGAUUCGACCGAAUCCGACCUCGAGACAGCAUUCAGCCCCGAAAACAAGUCCACGGCGCCAGAACCACACCACCCAGUCUCCUUUCCCCCCGAUAGCGAGGCCGGGUUUGACCCCGAGGACGAAGACGAAGACGAAGACAUGAAUGACGAAACGCACGAAACAGCCAGCAUCGAGCUCGGCGAAGACACGCAACCCGCGGACGCUCAAUUGGCGUCGGACACCGACUCCGAUGCCGAAAGCGGCAACGAGAACUGGUUCCUGUCCUUGCGACACAUCCGUCCCACGAGCCCUGUCUGGUCCGAUGACCCUAACACGCCCUUUAAACAAUGGGCCCGAGCAGACCAGAACGUACUCUCGGAACGCAACCGACGAGGCGGCGCAUAUCUGCCUGUCGAUGAGAAGGGCGUGAUCCAGCGUCCUGGGUAUCGGCAAUGAUUGCAGACGUCUGUCUCAUUUACUGCCUACAUUCAUAUCUGGAGUGAUUUCUACCUUCUUCGUCUGUUUUAUUAUUGUUACCAUCAUUUUCCUAUCUAUUGAAUCGGAACAUACUCAACGGAUAUACGGUUAUGCGCAUGAUGAUAUCCCAGUCGGUUUUCUUUGCUUUUAUUCCUAGGUGUGGCUAUCAUGACGGGACUGUAUUAUCUCAAAAUCAAAAGGACAUGAGAAUGU